AUGGAGGAAGGUGAGAGAAACCAGUCCAGCACACUGGAGAAGAUAGUGUCCGAUUCUAACACUACGUUAGAACACACUAUUGCCGCCUUUCAUGAUAUAAAAGACCAAAUCGCUACUCCACUGGUGUACUUCCACGCCCGCUCUCCACAGACCACCAGCCUGUCCACGAGUGAGGUGAUAGUGUACAAGACAGUGGAGGCCAACCAGGGCAACGGCUACAGUGCCACCACGGGCAAGUUCUCCGCUCCAGUACGAGGACUCUACUUUUUCUUUAUGCACACAUGUUCGCCUGUAUCUAUAUAUGUUUAUCUCCAGAUAGUGAAGGAAGGUUCAGCCCUUAUGGCGAGUGUAAACUAUGACAAGGACAGUGGUGCCUGUUCUAGCAGUCAGGUGUUUGUUCAGCUUGAUGCCGGGGAAACCGUCUGGGUACAAUGCUCCAGUGGGGCCUCGAACAGACAACUCUAUGAGAAUCAUCCUUACUAUUGGACCAGUUUUGGUGGUGCUCUCAUUCACAACUGA